UUAAAGAUGGCGCCCUCUCAUGCACUAAAGUGCUGCACACGGGCUCUGAACUGGGUACCUGUCCUGUUUAUAAACCUUGUUGUCGGUUGGUCUUAUUACGCUUAUGUUGUGGAGCUCUGUGUCUAUACAAUCCCAAAUAAUGCAGAACGAAUCAGCUAUUUGGUCAUCUUUCACAUUUUCCUUGCCAUGUUUAUAUGGUCCUACUGGAAAACUAUCUGGUCCAGACCAGCCAGCCCCUCAAAAGCGUUCGGUCUGCCCAGAGCAGAGAAGGAACUGUAUGAGAGAGAGGAGCGAGCCGAGAUGCAACAAGAGAUUCUGAAGAAAGUGGCAAGGAAUUUACCCGUGUAUACACGCACAGCAGGAGGAGCCAUUCGAUACUGCGACCACUGCCAGGUUGUCAAACCUGACCGCUGCCAUCACUGCUCAACCUGUGAGAUGUGUGUGCUGAAAAUGGACCAUCACUGCCCCUGGGUGAAUAACUGUGUUGGAUUCUCCAACUACAAGUACUUUGUGUUGUUCUUGGCAUACGCCUCACUCUACUGUGUGGUAAUUUGUGCUACAGUCAUGCAGUAUUUCAUCAAAUUCUGGACCAAACAGCUGCCUGACACGCAUGCCAAAUUCCACAUCUUGUUUCUGUUUUUCGUGGCUGCUCUGUUCUUUAUCAGCAUCCUGUCCCUUCUCAGCUACCAUCUGUGGCUUGUGGGAAAGAACAGGACCACUAUAGAGGCUUUUAGGGGUCCUGUCUUCGCAAACGGUCCAGACAAAAACGGGUUUUCUCUGGGCUUUAGCCGAAAUGCAGCUGAGGUGUUUGGAGAUCAAGGGAAGUACUGGAUGAUUCCUGUUUUCUCAAGUCUGGGAGAUGGACAUUCCUUUGUUACCAGAUUGGUACACAUAGAUCCUGAACAAGCAAACCGUGUCCUCCAGCAAAAUGGCAAAAGCCGUGCUGAUGGGGAGGCCAACACUUGUGUACUCGGUAACAAUAUACAAUGCGCAGCAGACAACAGCAAAGAGAAAAGCGACGGAGGCCAGAUAGCCUCGGUGACAAUAGAGAGUGAGCCGUAGCAGGUCGCAGGUACAUCAGUAAAUCAUAAUGCCUUAAACCAGGAGCAUCAGCACCUCUACAGGAGCCAUCCUCCACCAUCAUUUUGAGUUGACAGUGCAGCCUCAAGCCACAUGUUUUGUGUGUACAUUAUGUGGACCAUUGUUCAUCCAGCGUGCUUUAAACCAGCAUCACAACAAUACUGUUCUCAUGUAAACAGGGACUGUACUGCGACCACGUAGACUGCACCCGUCUGAAGCAGAGGUGAUUCACAGGUUUUGUCUUUUUGAGCCAAAGACAUUCAAAUGUUUUGUUAUUAUUGCAUCUGAAAAACUCUGGGACUGCUUUUUCCAUCUUGAGACAAUGCAUGUCUACAUUGUCUGUGUUUUAUAUACAUGGAUUAAUCACAUUAUACAUUCUGACUAGAGAAUCCUCCUUGUCAGUAUUAAUCAAGCAUUAAUAACUAAGAGAAACCAGUUGGAGCCAUUAAAAUGUGUGUAUAACUUAUACAAAAGGCUGAGACCUUUCAACACUGUCAACAGUGUGCAUGAUAUGUCUCAUCAGUUAACUCCAAGCACAGUGCAAUUAAGACCAGUAGUCAAUUACCAGGUCUAAUUUACAGUUUACAUGAUUUAAACCAUUUAUAGGUCUUUUUGUUUACACUUUUAAGAUAUUUAUUCUUUACAUUUCAAAUGUUAUGCUAUGGUCAAUACAUACUGGUGAUAUAAGCUCAUAAUGUGAGGACCAAAUCAACUUUAACUAUAGUUCAAAUGGUAUAGUGGUUUCAUCUCAUUUCAAAUAAUUGUUUAAGACACAUAACCAAUAGAUCACAAUGAGAUGGCCAUUUUCAUUACACUAUAAAUAUUUGUAAUUUAUUUGUUUUCAAGCUUUUAAAAAUGCAUUGUCUUUCAGUGUCUAUUGAUUUAAUUGAAAUUGAUUAUUUGUUGUAUUUAUAUUUAUUAUUUAAAUGGGCAUUGUCCUUUUUCACAGAAUGUUUUCACUUUUAUGGUCAAUCCUUUGCUACAGUAUGUAUUAAUUUUUAAGUUGAUCAAUCUUGAGUGUUAAUGCCAAUGAUUACAUCUGUAGUCUUUAUUGUUUUUUUCAGUUUAAUAAGAUUUGUUUGAAAGUAAAAGCACACAAUUAAACCAAUAAAACUGUUAAAAGAUGUUGUCGGAACAUUCAGUAACAUUUCAAUCCACUGUGUCCUUGAGCCUGACCCAGGAUAGAUAAGGUUGACUUUUUAUACCAGUAAUUAAAGAGUAGGCUAGUGUCAUUGUAAGUGCUCCUCCCUGUGCUCCUGGCAGACGUUUAAUUCAUUUUAGGGGAAAUGAUGCACAGCAUAGUGUGGCGUUUGCCUGAGUGAUCACUAGACCAAAUAAUUGUGUGUAGAUGGUACUGACUGAUUGCUUGCCUUUGUGUGUGUACUCACAGAAUCUCAAAGUAGUUUAACAACUAUCUUUACUGAGCAAACUUGGCUUAAUGCACCCCUAGUUGUAGUUAGCCCUGUAAAAAAAAAAAUGCAGUUUUUUCUGUAACAAUAAAUGCAAUGUAACCAUA